AGGCGGCCGUCGGCCGAGGCGGCGGCCUCCGAGGAGCCAGCCCUCGGCGAUAGCGAGGCGGCCUGGUCGGAGCCGGAGGCCACCCUGGGCCUGCGCACCACGCCGAUCGCGGGCACGGACGACCCCCGAGUGCGGCUGGCGGCGAGCCUGUCGGACGGAGGAGAGAGCGCGUCAGCCUGCCGAAUGCGCAAGGGGCGCCCGUCGCGCCUGGCCACGCUCAUCCGGGCCGCCACGCUGCAGAGGGCCCGGCUGAUGGGGCAGUCCAUGCGGCAGGCCGCCGCCGGCAUGGGCGCUCCGGACGACCCGCGCUGCUGGCGCGGCCCACCGUCCGCCGCCGAGCACUUUGCCGAGGUGGAGGAGCUCAUGUGGGACACGCGCCCGGACGCGGAGGCGCCGCUGGUGCACGACUGGGGCCUCGAGGCCCCACCGCCCAAGGUCCAGCGGGAUCUGCGCCCGACCUUCCUGACGCCGGCGGACCGCCGCCGCAUUGACGAGGUCGUGGCGGAGCAGCGGCGGCUGCGCCUGGAGGGCCCGGAGGGCCCGCACGACCAGGCGGAGGGCGGCAGCCUGGGCGGCUCCUGCCACAACGCCCGCGGCAGCGGGGAGCCGCGGCGGGCCUGCGCGGGCAGGCGGGCCAGCCCAGAGG